AUACAUAAAACAGCAGUGAGACGAGUUACUAUUCUGCUCAGACAGAGACGUAAUUGAGGACAAGGAAAAACGCCGAUAGGAUCGCUAAUCACCGUUAGAAGCAAACAUGAAACAUUUAAUAUUGAUAUUAUCGUUUUUAGCAGUUUUACCAAUAUUUGCACAGAAAGUUCCUCGGCUCAGAUUCAGAAUUAAAGAUCCAGUCCGAUAUCAGUUUUCCAAAGAGGAAAACUACACGAUGUUUUUUCAUGAAGAAGGGACAGAUGUCAUUUUUGUCGGAGGCAGAGAGGUCAUCUAUGUCUUGCAGUUUAAAGACUCCAAAGUCAGUGCCACUGAGGUAAAUGUUGAAGUGGAUGAAAAUGCAAAGAAGGUCUGCCUUUCCAAAUCCAAUGUACUGCAGACAGAAUGUGAAAACUUCAUUACAACAAUUCAACCACUGGAAAAUGAUCACAUUGUGUGUGGCACCCAUGCAACAGCUCCCAAAUGUUGGAUGCUGGUAAAUGAAACCAAUCUGAGUGACACUGUGGCGCAGCAGUUAAACCCAAAGGACAUUUCACCUUCUUUCCCUUCCCAGCGCUCCUUCACUUUAUCUGCAGAUGGCAAUUUUUACUCAGCACUCUCUAUGGCAAGAAAUUUUAGUGGUACCAUUCGCCGAAGCCUGGGUAACAAGAAGCAAGUUAAAACUGAAGUAAAAUGGUUACAAAAUCCUCAGUUUGCUGGAGCAGCUGUUAUUCCAGGGAAGGAAAAAUACAAAGAAGAGAUAUAUGUCUUCUUUACAGAACUUAACAAAACAUCUACCAUGGAUGAAAAUCCAUACCGGGCAAGAAUAGGCCGCAUCUGCAUGGUUGAUGAAGGAGGAAUUCGAGGUACUCUCCAAGAUUCAUGGACAACAUUUUUAAAAGCUCGAGUGAUGUGUGGCUUUCCAUCCACACUUCGACAAUUCAACCAGUUCAAGGAGGCCUAUGUGCUGAACAGUAACACAAAGCGGGAAGGAAUAAUAUAUGGCAUUUUCUCCAAUGCUUGGGAUUCUACUGUGGUUUGUGCGUACUCUCUCUCAGAUAUUGACCAAACUUUCAGAACAUCCAGGCUAAAAGGAUAUACAACUGCUCUGCCUCAACAGCGACCUGGAAUGUGUGUUUUUAAGAAUGUGACUUCCAGUUACACUGCAAAAGUCCUUGGCAUCAUCCGAGACUACUCAGAAAUUGAAGAUAUAAUUAAUCCUUCUGGCAUGCAGCCACUGAAUCUACCACAAGUUGAACGCUACACAAAGAUUGUUGCUGACCGUGUCCGUGCUUCAGAUGAAACCUAUUACAAUGUGCUGUACCUGGGUACAGAAAAGGGUAAGAUUUAUAAAGUGAUGCACAGUGAUGAUGAAGUCUUCACAAUUGGACAAUAUUCAGUUUUCCGCUAUGAAGCUCCAGUCACAGCAAUGACAAUUGACACCAUCACGGGAUAUCUCUAUGUUGGAACAACAUUGGAAGUGCAGCAGCUUCCAUUGGCUAAUUGCAGUAGCUAUGGAGACACUUGUAGGAGAUGUGUCCUUGCUCGAGACCCAUAUUGUGGUUGGGAUCUGGUCAAUCACAAAUGUUCUGCCAUUCCAGAAGGAUACAAUUUCAGCUCUGGUGAAUUCCUUCAGAACCUGCUGCAGUCCAAUGCACCUGUUUGUGAAGAGGUUACAGAUCCCAAAGUCCACAAUAUGCUCCCUAAGGAAGUGACCUUAGAUUUAGGCAGCUACAUCUCACUGCCCUGUCCAGUGUACUCCUACCAUGCAACAUAUGUGUGGGAAAAAGACAACUGUCAGAAACGCUACCACUGUAUUAUAAAUGGGGAUUCCUGCCCACUUAUAGACACUGAAGAUUUCCCAAUGAAGGAUGGUGUAUACCGUUGUACUGCCCAAGAAGAGGGGCAGAAAGAAGAGAUGGUGUCAUACAGACUGGUAUUCAGUGAUGCUCCAGCAGGCCUGCUGUCUGCUCAGAUGAUUGUGCUUGUGUCCUCUUUUGCACUUUCUGGUACUCUCUUGUUGAUGUAAGACUGCUAUCUGGCCACAGGGGGCAGCAACCUUUGCCUUUUGGCACUGUAGCACUUACAGAGUUGAAUCAGAUAUCUAGAAACAUUUUAAUAAGAUAUGACUUGACAGAUAAAAUUGUAUAAAAGCAAUUAAAAAAUUUUUUAUUGAAAAUGUGGCUGAUAUUUAAAAUGUCAAUUUAGACGACGCACCUGAGAUUAUAAGAAAUGACAUUAAUUGAUUAAUUCUUAGUUUGCUAUAAAGGUUGCAAGCAUUAAUUUCAAAUAACUGUGUAAUUACAGCCAUGCUGUAUUUUAUCAGAUUUUCCUGUGUGCAUCAGUUUAUUUUUUCUGUCAUAAUGCACUUUCAAAGAAGCUGAGUAUAUUUUGUAUUGUGAUCAGUAAUGGUUCCUCAAGAUAAGACUCUUAGGCCUUCCUAACAUUUACAUUUAAAACAUAUAUAAAAUUACAUUUAAAUUACUUAACAAAUUAGAUGUUUUGUCUUGUAGCAGGUAGCCUUGCCACUAUACAGUACUUAAAUGCUAAAUUGAAAAUGGGCAAAUUAAAUUUAUAUUCAAUUUAAAAGCUAAAAACAGAUGAAAAUUUAAUUCUGAGCAGCUUCUUCUUUGGCAAAAAUUAAAUCUGGAUUUCAGCAUCAAGCCAAACUCUUUGAAGUAUUAUUACAUUAAAAAUCAGCAAAAAUCUAUUAAAAUCCUAUCCAUGCACAUUGGUUUUGCUAUUUAACAACCAUCUAGAAUGAUGUUUACAGGUGGUGUGUCAAGAGUUCACAAUGGUCAUCACUGUAAUUCCUGUUCUGGCUGUGCAAGGCUUGAAGAACCAGCCAAGAAAAAAAUAAAAAUAACAAAGACCUGGAAAAAAGGAAACAGGAUUAGCAGCUGAAAUUACAAGCAAUGCUUAUUUUAUUUAGAAAGUUAACAUAAAUACACCACUGUUAUAUUCUUUAAAUGCUGGUAAAUGAUUACUUAUUCUUUUGAAGAAAUAGUGUUCAUGCAUACUGAGAGUCUUCUUUGGUAUUUUAUUAGUAGCACCAACAGAGGGCAAAACAUCACACGGCUAACAAAGAACAUGUAAAAAGAUGUGGAAUGUUGCAAAAUAAUCAACACUGGAUGCUAUGCUGCUCCUCCACAGCACAUGCGGAACUGUCUUUUAUGACUACCGGCAGUAUGUAUGAUUCCAACACUUUCUGCUUCCAACAGCAGAAAAUUGAUGAAUCAAUCUUCAUUUAUUCCUGUUACAUUAGUGUUUAGGGGACAUACAGCACUACAUUUUAUUCAAUUCAAAUCAGACAUUCUUCUCUUUAUCAGCUAGAAUGUAAGGAAGGAAUAAAUUAAAGCAAUAACUCAAACUUAUCGAAAAAUCUAAAAGAUCAGAAAAAGCUUAGCAUGCUCAGUCAACUGAAGAAUAACACUUCUUCCUCAAAGUGAAUAAAUUGUUCUUCUAAUUUAACAUACAUAAUCUAAAUUUAUGUGAAUAAUAAACAAUUUAAUUCCAAUAAGGUCACAUUCCCAAAAUGUGCAGUUCACUAAAGUACAUGCCCAGUGACAAUGCUUAUAACUGGCUUUAUGAAACAGAUUAAUUUUAGACUGAGACAAAAAAGAUGUGUGAACUGAACAGUUCUGAGUUGUGUUUGAUCAUGUUUUGCACAAAUUGAGGAAUACUGCAGUUAUGUGAGGACUGAUUUCAAUUUGUUACCUGAAAAUGGUAGUUGAAGGUCCCAAUAUUGACUUAGGCUAUCUGGAAAUGCACUAAAGCAUGUGUAAAGCAUGCAGCUGGAAAGCAUUAUUUCUACAGCAGAUAAUAAGGGAAGUUGACUGGUUUUAUCAAAGUCUCUAACCUGCCAGUAAUAUAGAAAAGUUUUAAUAAAAGAUUAAAUUUAACACACAGGUAUUUAAAAAAUGCAAAUAUAUUGUCAGUAUAUAAUUCUUUAAAGGUUACAUAAUUUAAAUAUUGAGUACUUUAAGAAUGUUGGGAAUGCAGUUUUCUUCCAAGGACACAACUGACAGUAAUAUAUCAGCCUUCAAGUGUCAUCUGCUCUGUACCAAAAUUUACUGUAAGUAAGAGUAAAUCAGCAGAAUACUAACUAACUAGCAGUAACCAUACUGGUAGUGACAGCAAAACAUACAAGUAAAAAUUAUUGCAGGACUUCCUCUCUGUAGCUAACCAAACAAGUAUAUAUUAAUUUCUUUCCGAUUUAACAUUCCAUAUGCUCACAGCAUGUAUAUUAUAGCAGUCUUAGUAGAACUGAAAGUUCCAAUUGAAGUGAGAGUACUGAUUGAUGCUAUUAUAAAAGGCUUUUUUUCUGAAAUGUCAGCAAAGAAAUCAGGAACAUAUUGACCUGAUGAUUUCAUCCUUAGGCAUGCCUCUCUCCUUGGUACAGUGAACCACAUUUUCUUUAUCUUGAAAUUUCUAGGAUGUAGUAAUAGUACCUUCUUGAGACUAUUAAGAAAUAUUUUUGUACAUUGUAUUGUUUCUAAAAUGCCACAGACUAAGUUUAGAAACCAAAGAAAACACCUGGAAAAAGAUUCUGAUUUAAUCCGUUAAGAUGUAAUAGUUUUGAUCAAGAAAGAAAACAUACACCAUGAGUCCCAAAAUAGGCUUAAUUUAAACUUAUAUAUUUAAAAAAGAUUGAAUUACUAAUUUUCUAUAUAAUAAUAACAAGAUCCAGUAAUCCAAACAUCCAAUUAAGAAUAUAAGUCCAUAAUCCAAACAUACAAUCAAUAAGAUGAGGCCAAGUAAUCCAAAAAUAAAAUCAAGAACAUAAUGCCAACUAUUACAGACACACAAUAAAGGAGAUAAGGCCAAGUAAUCCAAAAAUAUAACCAAGAAGAUAAUUUAGGCCUAAAAAACAAAAGGUUGACAAUUACAAAAUUGAAAAUUUCAGAAGAAAAAAUUAAAAGAACCCAUAUCAUAACACCCAAACUACCAAAGCUCAAUUACAAAAAUGAUAAGAACCGCUAAGCGUCACAUAUGAAAGGCCAAGGAUAACAAAAGGAUAAAAGUAACUUCACAAAAGCACAAAAGGGGAGCCAAUACACAAUGAAACAUACUCAGUUCCCCAGCUGUUAUCUUAAAUUUUGCACAGUACUUAAAGAGUAGCUCAGAUACCACUCAUUUUAACAGCAUACCUCUCCCCUUGGCACGACAUGAAGACAGAAAGGACAAAUGUGAGACAAAGGACAAUUACAAAACCAACACAAGAAAAUAAAAAAAAAUGAGAAAAAAGAAAACUUAAUGAAAGCCAAUUGUACAAUAAAACAAAGUAAUUAACAAAAAAUAUUCCAUUAACUCAAAUAACUAAACAAUCUACAAAUAAACAAGAAACAGUAAGCUCUGUUAUUUAAUAAUAAUAAUAAUUCAUCAUGUGCUUCAACUCCUCUACAUCACAAAGACUGUUCCUUUCUCAAUCUGUAAGGGAUACUUCAAUUAAAUGUCUAUACACUUGACUCACCCUAUAUUGUUUGAUAAGGUGUAUCAAAGUAAGAGCCACCUGACAACAUAUUAAAAUACAAAAAAGAAAUAAUAUGAAAGUGUGGUUAUAGGAACAACAAAUCAACAUUAUGCAACCAAGACCCUACCGCUCUACUUUUGCUGCUUAUACAUAUUUUUGUUACUUUUCUAUAGUGUAGCCUCCCCACAUUCUCUCCUUGUGUUCAGUUCAGAUCCUUGCUAUUCUCUACAUUUCCAGUCUUUUGAGCUUGUGAAGCCCCAUUUUCAUGAACCGUCUAGUGAUUCACUGUGUUUUUUAAAGCCCAUGCUAAAUAUCUGGAAUUCAGAACACAACACCUUAACUGAGAGCUACAAAAAUCCAACAUAUUGAAUCUUAAUUUAAAUUCUUAAAUAAAUUAAAAGUAAAGAUUUUAAAAAAUUAGAAUGAGCUCAAAUAAUUAAUCACAAAUCCAAAUAAACAAUUACAGAAUACUUACACCAAACUUCAACCACACUAACUAACUAAAACAGGAACAAGGAAAUUAAAAUAGAAUGGUACAAUGAAGAGAAAAAUGGCAAAAUGAAGCACUUAAAGUAAUACAAAAACCACAAAGGGUUCCCUGUACUUGAUGAAAGAAGGGAAAUUGCAGAAUCUAAUGAUUCACUUUCAAGGUUUAUUAACACAGAAAAUAUUAAUUAAACUAGAACAGAAGAAGAAAUUAAUUCCAAACACAGAUAAUGCAUCAAGAAGGACAACAUGACUAUCAGAAAAAAGUUUUCCAAGGGGCAAAGCAUAAAAACAAAAGGACUUAGUACAUGAACUAGAGGCUACAGGCUGACUGGAAGUGCACUGCUUUCCUUAUAUUAAGUAGCCCCUCCUGCUGUAUAAUUGGCUCAUCAUUACCUAAAUUACUCUUCACUUGUAAAGACUGUCAUUACUAGGCUAAACCUAAAUGAGUUAAUGUUAUCUAUCCAUUCACCAAAGUGGGCAGAGUUCAAAUAUUUUACUUAUCAGAAUAAAGUGGUUCAAAAACAGAAAGAUAACCUUAAAGGGGGUGCCAUAGGUAGACCACAGGCUAAUCCAUGACACAGUUUUUCAUGGCACUUCUUUCCAAAUUGUUCAUCAUUAAAGUUACAAAAUUACUUGGGCCACAAAUUCAAACUACGUUAUAUUUCUUUUUGGAUAUCUUUUCCCUUGAACUUUACGUCUAUGUACAAUCAAAAGUUGAACUUCCUUCCUGUUUGGACAGUUGUGCUUAAGUGACACAAGCAAGUAAUCCUUUUAAGAUUACCUGGUGGUGUAAUUAAUCAAUUUUUCAACACAAUCAUGAUGAUUCUUAUAGACUCUGCUUAUGAGACUCUGGGUCAUUUUUGCUAGUAUGCCCUUGAGGAAUGGCUGAAGCAGGUGAUAUACUUUAUUGAUUUUACAUAUUUUCCAAUACUUAUUCUUCUAAUUUUAUUUCAUUCCAAUAGUUUAAAUUUCUAACUUUUAAUUUUGAAAACUAUUGCCACAUGUGCAUAACAUCAUGUGAAUGACUUUUGUUACAGAUAGCAUAUAGCAUUCUUGUCACUCUGCCAUACUGUAAAAUGAUCUUUGUGGGAUGCUUGGGAAAUUUUUGACAGUAUACAAAUAUUCAAGGAAACUAGCUCACAGUGAAUAUGUCUUAAUGCUAUGCUGGAUACACUUUAUGUAUGAAUCGGCAAAAUCAAAAACAUGAGCUAGUGGCCAUUUAAGUAAAAGAGAACAAAAACAAAUGUCAAAGUAACAAGAUAAUGCAAAUAUUUUUAAUUAGAAAGAAUCAGAAUUUGAAGGGUUUUUAUAAGUAGAUGUGAACUUAUAGACAAUAUGAGUUGAGUAUAUAGCAAUUCAAAAUCAGUACAUAUAGGUAAAGAAACAGUCAAAUAAUACUCCGUUGUAUGUUAAAUCCACUUUGUAAGACAGCAUGUACUUCAUUUUUUUAUUGGCCUAGAAUUCGUUUGCAUGGUGAUCAUUUAAAAAAUAACUGUUAGAAUCAAAGGAUAACUGUACAUAAGUGAUACAACUUAAAACAAAAAAUGUUCAAAAUCAAACAUAAUUGAAAACACAGGAAUACACAAUGUAAAAAUAUUGAUUACUUUGGAUGCAUCUAAGUGUUCUACUACUGCAGUUUUUGAGCUGGGGCUUUGUACAUCUUGUUUAUAAAUAACAAACACAGAGCACGUGUAUUAUAUUCAUGAUAAUUAAAAAAAACAUUUUUAAAUGUGGCAUUAUUAAUUGAUCCAUUAUUGCUUUAUUCUGAAAGCAGUGGGCCUUCAAUCUGUUUUGAAAACUAUGAUAGAAAAAACUUACUUGGCAGAUGUACUGUGAAUUUCUAUAAUGAAUGGCCUUAUUUUUAUUUCACAUAUUAAAUCCUAAAGAGUAAUUUUAUUUAGCAAUCAUUGCUGCCAUAUCACUCACUGCCAUAAAAGUGCAUUCUGUCUAUCUAACGAUGUACAGAACAGCAUGAGGUCAAAGCUACUGCCACUCACUCAUCGCCAUGAUUAAUAUGUAUUCCAUAUCCUGAAUCACUUCAGUAACAUCAAAUACCCUGUUAUGUCUAUGACUCUGUGGAAAGUCUCUGAAGGUUGCUGCCCUCUUAAUAAGGUGCCAAUAGUGGAUAACGCACUGCCAGAAAUUUGGUGGGAAGUUUCAUAAUGUUCCACCAGCCUAUCUGCUGUACAUGUUGCUGACAGCUUUUUGUGUUUGAGUAGUAUUGUUGCACUCUUUGCGAGUUGCCAAAUCAAAUUUCAUAUUGCACUACUUCGGCUUUUUAUCUUUACCUUGGUUUUAAUUUUCCAAACCCUGUAUAUUAUCAUCUCUGCAACAAACCAGCCAAUACAUCUCCAUCUAGAUAUCCUAAACUAAGCAAGUAUUACUAAGGAUUUGUAGUGGCAUAGCUUAUUACUUCUAAUUAAACAGGUAAAAAGGCAAAUUUGCUGAUGUCUGCAGUCUAAUCUGGAACUGGUUUUUAAAGACAAUAAUAUUCCACUUAAGAUUUUGUGCUUUUUAAAAAUACAGUAUGUUAGUAAUGCAUAGAGGUAGAUCACAAAAAUGAGUUGCCUACAGCAACUUUAAGUACGCUUUCACAUAAACCUAACCCAGAGUGUGUUCCUGCUAUGCACCUGAUUCUUUUGGGAUAGGUCAUCAUUCCCAUUUGCAACCUGAACAGGAAUAUGGCACUCACUGAAAAUGGACAAUGUCAGGAUGCCCUAGUUACCAAAUUACCUAAUGACCACAAACCAUCAAAGUAAGAGGAGUGAACAGAAGAAGCAUAAGACUUUGAAGACUAUGCACAAAUAUCCAGAACAUGGCUCUUUCUGCCUUGUGGGUAAGACACCCCAUUCAACACUGUAUGGAAACACACAAGAUUCUCCUUUUUUCCUUUGAUAAAGAGUAAUUCCUUUUAAGUAGUAAUUAAUGUAUUUGGUUUUAUUUUAUGUAUAUUCUAACUACUAAGAGUAAUAAUUUAAUCAGAUUUAUCCAUACAGAAUCACUUCUCAUAUUUUAAGGAUAUCCAUAGUUUGAUUUUGUAUCUUAAUAAUGACCAUACAUACAUUCAGUGAGUAACACACAGGCAGAAAUAUUGUUAUGCAUUAUUUGAUGUAUUAUAAUUAGUAAACUUGUGAGAAAGUUAAAAACACUGUCAUUUUUAAAUCUUAUUCAGAACAUAAAACUCUGGUAUCAUUGUUCCUGACGAAUGGAAGCUUGGGAGAUUGUAAUGUAUGCCUGCUUCUUUAUAUUAGACUUGUUUUAAAUGAAAGUGGGUGUUAAAAGUAAGAAAAAUGUUGGAAACCUCAAAGUACAAGUCAUUUCAUUAAAACUCUCAAAAAAGAGAAGCUAAUAAAGAAACAAUUUAUUUUGCUAGAAAAAAUGUUAUAAAUAUUGACUUCUUGGAAUGUAUUGAUUAUUUAAUUCAAAACAGUAAAUGCUUUGUCAUAUUUUUUUUGAUUGGUAGCAGAAUGCAAUCAGCAAUUUGGUAUCUGAACUGUUCUUUGGCUGGUCUGUUUGGCAGGUUUGUUACUUUAUUCAGGUUGCAAAACCAUGCUUCAUGCAUAUUUUUAUAUUUUUUUAAAGAAUGUAUAAAGUAUUAAAGAAUAAUACUUAAUUGCUUUUACUGGUGACCAUUAAAAAUGGAAACUGUAAGAAAAUAAAGAAACAAAUAUUAACAA